CUCAUCUCUUCUGUUCUCUUCUCUUCUCGGCUCUGGUCUGAUGUGAGUUUGCUGAAGCUCAGCUUCAGGAGCAACUCUGCAUGGAAACACAUUAAAAUCAAGAGCUCUUCCACAAACAUACGAUCUGCUGAUGUGGAGACGAUGAGAGAUCAUCACAUUCAGAGUCUGGAACAGGAAGUGCGACGACUUCAGUGUCUGCUGCAGGAAGUCCAGGAGCGAGCAGCCAAUCACGUCGCUCUGCUGCAACAGCAACUGGCCAGUAAAUCACAGCAUAUAGAGAGACUUCAGGCCGUGUUACAGUCGCAGCAGGACUAUGAGAAGAUCAAGACUGAGCUCAGGACUCUUCGAGUGCUGGUGCAAACCAGAGACGAAGCUUCGGUGUUUUCUCCUUCGUCUGAUGUCAGGAGCGUCUCUGUUGAUAACGAUCCUGUGAUCCAGAAAGAAAGGCCAGAGCCUCAUCACUGCACUGAAGAAGAAAUGAAUGAAUCUUCCUCUUUCAUCUCUGGGUCUCCAGCAUCAUCUUCAUCAUCUCUGAGUGUCCAGAGCUUCAUUAAAGAGGAGCCUGACUCUGGUGAUGAGGAGCAGGAGCUCGACACGGCUCGAUUAGCUCUGCAGGGAACCGUCAGUGAUAUACUGGCCCGACCCAAACCCUGGAGCAAACUGACCAGCAGAGGAAGAGAACCCUUCCUGAGAAUGAAGCACUUCCUGUCAGACCAGCACAGCAUCCGAACACUCAGCCACAUCCAGGAGAGACUGAGAGGGGUGUUCGUGCCGUGGGUCGGUCCAGACAGGAGAUCAGAUGAUGACGUGAUCAGGAACAUUCAGGAUCAGAGCCGUCUGGAGAUGCAUGAUGAUGAUGAUGAUGAUGAUGAUGAAGGCAGCAGAUGUCCCCGCGAUGGAGACGCAUCACAUGACAUCAUCAGGAACAUCCUGCAGCAGACCAAACAUGAGACUCAGACGUCUGCGAUGAACCGCGCACCUGUCCAGCAGGAAGAGGGGGAUUAUGGGACACUGGAGCCCAGCAUUCAGUCCCUGGCGGAUUUCGUCCAAAGCAUCAUCCAGAAGGUCAAAUGUGAAAUGAAUGAAGAUGCCGAGCCCUCUGUGAGCCGCUCGUUCCAGACGCUUCCAGCAGACCCGGAUCAGAGAGCGCAGUGGUUUAAGACGGAGACGCGUCCGAGACCUCGCUCCUGUGACACCAGCAGCAGCUGUGAGCUUCAGUGUCUGCAUCUGGACACCUUCAGCAUCACACAGAGAGUCAAAGAAACGCUCACCCUCAACAACAUAGGUCAGCGAGUUUUUGGUGAAGAGGUUUUGGGUUUAACUCAAAGCUCUGUGUCUGAACUGCUGUCGCACCCCAAACCCUGGACUAAACUCAGUCUGAAGGGGAAAGAGAACUUCAUUCGGAUGCAUAUGUGGCUCCAAGACCCUCAAAACAUCCAGAAGCUCAACGCUAUGAAGAAGAUGGACCACAGAGGUCAAUCUCGUCUCAAACGUGCUCUGACGGGGUCAGACUGUGAUUCACAGAGGUUGUGUGAUCGCUGGGGACGGUGUGAGGUGAUGAAGAGGCCGCGUGUCGUCCUCAGCGCUCAGGAGAGAGAAGCACUGAUAGCAGUGUAUCAGACAGAGCCGUAUCCGUCUCCACACACCAUCGAGAGACUCGCAGCACAGCUAGACCUGCACUCCAGCACCGUCAGCAACUGGUUCUACAACUACAGGUCUAGAAUUAGAAGAGAUGGUUUUUCAGAACCAGUACAAACCAGAACAUUUCAGAAUCCAGUCGGUUCUGGUCUGGUUUCAGCCAGUUCAGUCCGAAUCAAACAUGAGCCCAGUGAAGGAGAGAUGGACGCAGAUCUGCAGAGAGAAGAGCACAAUCACGUCUCUGUCGGCGUACAGUCCGUCUUGAGCCUGAAGAGAGAGAAAGAUGAAGAUCUUUCUGAGCUGUGAGGUCACCGAGGACUUUAUCUGAACAACAGUGUUGAAAAAUCUCAGGAACAUCACAAGAUCUUCUCCCUGCUUGAGCUCUACAUUUGACCAUUACAUAAUGUCAGUCUUUUUUUUUUCAGAUUUUUUUUUUUUUAUCAUGAUUUAGUUCAUAAUUUAAUGAAAAGGAAAAUCCUGAUUGGCCAGAUUGGUCUAUAUAUAUAUAUAUAUA